GAUGUGUGCCUGCCGCCGGGCUCCUGCGCCGGCCGAGCGAGCGCGAGAGCCGCCCUUCACACCCAGCCCUCCUCGGGGGUCGGGGGCCCUGGAUUUCAGCUCCUUCCCGCAGCUGCGCCCUCCUGGAUGAGCGCUCCAGGUCCGCCGCUGCCUCGGAGAUGACCCCGGUCCCCAGGAUGGCCCUGGCGCUGCUCCUGCUGCUGCCCGGCUGGACCCCGGCGGGGGCUCAGGUUAACCCAGCCAUAUGCCGAUACCCCCUGGGCAUGUCCGGAGGCCACAUCCCAGAUGAGGACAUCACGGCGUCCAGCCAGUGGUCCGAGUCCACAGCUGCUAGAUACGGAAGGCUGGACUCGGAAGAAGGGGACGGAGCCUGGUGUCCUGAGAUCCCGGUGGAGCCGGGGGACCUGAAGGAGUUCCUGCAGAUUGACCUGCACACCCUGCACUUCAUCACCCUGGUGGGGACCCAGGGCCGCCACGCCGGGGGCCAUGGCAUCGAGUUCGCCCCCAUGUACAAGAUCAACUACAGCAGGGACGGGACUCGCUGGAUCUCCUGGCGGAACCGGCACGGGAAACAGGUGCUGGAUGGGAGCAGCAACCCCUACGACAUUUUUCUGAAGGACCUGGAGCCGCCCAUCGUGGCCAGAUUCGUGCGCUUCGUCCCCGUCACCGACCACGCCAUGAACGUGUGCAUGCGGGUGGAGCUGUACGGCUGCGUCUGGCUGGACGGCUUGGUGUCCUACAACGCUCCGGCCGGACAGCAGCUGGUGCUGCCUGGAGGCGCCGUCAUUUACCUGAACGAUUCUGUCUACGAUGGAGCUGUUGGGUACAGCAUGACGGAAGGGCUGGGCCAGCUGACCGAUGGGGUGUCCGGCCUGGACGACUUCACGCAGACCCACGAGUACCACAUGUGGCCCGGCUAUGACUAUGUGGGCUGGAGGAACGAGAGUGCCGCCAAUGGCUACGUCGAGAUCGUGUUUGAGUUUGACCGGAUCCGGAAUUUCACUGCCAUGAAGGUGCACUGCAACAACAUGUUCGAGAAGGGCGUGAAGAUCUUCAAGCAGGUGCAGUGUUUCUUCCGCGCAGAAGCCGGUGACUGGGAGCCCAACGCCGUGUCCUUCCCCCUGGUGCUGGACGACGUCAACCCCAGCGCCCGUUUUGUCACGGUGCCCCUGCAGCACCGCAUGGCCAGUGCCCUCAAGUGCCAGUACCACUUCGCCGACACCUGGAUGAUGUUCAGCGAGAUCACCUUCCAGUCAGAUGCCGCCAGAUACAACAACUCCGGGGCCCCGCCCACCUCGCCCGCAGCCCCCGCCACCUACGACCCGAUGCUGAAAGUCGACGACAGCAACACCCGGGUCCUGAUUGGCUGCCUGGUGGCCAUCAUCUUCAUCCUCCUGGCCGUCAUCGCCACCAUCCUCUGGAGACAGCUGUGGCGGAAAAUGCUGGAGAAGGCUUCCCGGAGGAUGCUCGAUGACGAGAUGACAGUCAGCCUGUCCCUGCCCAGCGACUCCAGCAUGUUCAACAACAACCACUCCUCGUGUCCCAGCGAGCAGGAGUCCAACUCCACCUAUGACCGCAUCUUCCCCCUUCGCCCCGACUACCAGGAGCCCUCCAGACUGAUUCGGAAACUCCCAGAGUUUGCUCCGGGGGAGGAGGAGCCAGGCUGCAGCGGCCUCGUGAAGCCGGUCCAGCCCAGCGGGCCGGAGGGGGUGCCCCACUACGCAGAGGCUGACAUUGUGAAUCUCCAGGGGGUGACCGGGGGCAACACCUACUCCGUGCCCGCCCUCACCAUGGACCUGCUCUCGGGGAAGGACGUGGCCGUGGACGAGUUCCCCAGGAAACUGCUAACUUUCAAGGAGAAGCUGGGAGAAGGCCAGUUUGGGGAGGUCCAUCUCUGUGAAGUGGAGGGCAUGGAGAAGUUCAAAGACAAAGACUUCGCCCUCGACGUCACCGCCAGCCAGCCCGUCCUGGUGGCCGUGAAGAUGCUGCGCGCGGACGCCAACAAGAACGCCAGGAAUGAUUUUCUUAAGGAGAUAAAGAUCAUGUCCCGGCUCAAGGACGCCAACAUCAUCCGUCUCCUAGCUGUGUGCAUCGCCGACGACCCCCUGUGCAUGAUCACCGAGUACAUGGAGAACGGGGACCUCAACCAGUUCCUCUCCCGCCACGAGCCGCCCAGCUCCGCCCCCAGCGAGGCACCCACAGUCAGCUACGCCAACCUGAAGUUCAUGGCGACCCAGAUCGCCUCCGGCAUGAAGUACCUUUCCUCCCUGAACUUUGUCCACCGAGAUCUGGCCACGCGGAACUGCCUCGUGGGCAAGAACUAUACCAUCAAGAUCGCCGACUUCGGGAUGAGCCGGAACCUGUACAGUGGGGACUAUUACCGCAUCCAGGGCCGUGCUGUGCUGCCCAUCCGCUGGAUGUCCUGGGAGAGCAUCCUGCUGGGAAAGUUCACUACGGCCAGUGAUGUGUGGGCCUUUGGGGUGACCCUGUGGGAGACAUUCACCUUUUGCCAGGAGCAGCCCUACUCCCAGCUGUCAGACGAGCAGGUCAUCGAGAAUACCGGGGAGUUCUUCCGAGACCAGGGGAGGCAGAUUUACCUGCCCCAGCCUGCCCUCUGCCCUGACUCCGUGUACAAGCUGAUGCUGAGCUGCUGGAGGAGAGACACCAGGCACCGGCCCUCGUUCCAGGAAAUCCACCUCCUGCUCCUGCAGCAGGGGGACGAGUGACGUGCGCACACCCCGCGGCCACCACGGCCAGGCCCUCCUCACGGGACCCACCACUCGCCCUGCCCCAGCCACUCCGCCAGGACGCUGAGCACCCGAGAGGCAGGGGCUCGCCUGCCCGCCUCGCCCCACUGCCCACCGCUCCACCCGGCGCCACCCGGCGCCACCUCGGCUCCACCCCAACACAUAUACACUUUUUUUUUUUUACAUUAAAGAACUAAAAAAGAAAAAAAAAAGAAAAGAAAAGAAAGUGUAGGGCAGAUACCGUCCAGUAGGGAAAUCUUCACUGAUGUAAAAAGUGCUGGAUGACAGAGGCUGGAUAAUCCAGAUAAUUUAUCGAGGUUCAAUAUGCUUGUGUUUAUACCUGUGCAGAGUCUACAAUAUUUUUUUCCACGUUGCCUUUUUAGAAAAAAUAGUUCCAGAAAGAAAAAAGCUUGAAGACGACGGACGUCUUAGGAGAACGGGGAGUGGGGUAGGGGACGCGCCCGCGCUCGCCGGAGGAAAUGGAGUCGGUACCAAGCUGCUCUCGUGACCCUCGCGGCCUCUGGACUGGCCCCGCUGCCUUUCUCUCCCUCACACCAGCGGCCCCUGCGUGAAACCCCAGCCGCUCGGGAUGGGUGCUCUGUUCAGUUGGGGGCAGGGAAGGCUGCGGGCUGUGCGCCGGGAAACAGUCUCGUGGGAAGGACAGUCCGCUGUACGGUGGUACGAAGGGGAACCAUCGAUCGUGACACCAGAACAGACGUGGCGCCUCCUGCGUGCCGGGGUCCUUCAGCAGAGGGUGCACUCGGGGAAAGGGGACAGGUGACAGGUGUGCUACUCAUCCCUGCGGAGGGGCCUCCUCUGUAUCUUGCUCGGGUGUUUUCAGGUGGGUGCCUUAGCGAGAGCCUGGCUCUGAAUCGGAACAAACGGGACUUCGGUAGCUUCGUCCUGUGGAAAGUUGCCCUCUGUGGGGCUCGUGGGCUGGGGGUCGAAGUUCUUGGGCGUGUACAACAGGGAGAGAUCUGUUCUGAGUUUUCCCGAAGGGUUGACCUAGGGCCAGCGAGGGGAAGCUACGGGGAGACCGAUGCCCCCUCUUUACUAGGGGACACACAGGAUGAAUGGGCUGCCUCCGGAGGUGGGGUCCUUUGUCACUGAAGAGGUGCAGGAAUCACCGAGAGUAGGGGAGACAGACAGGCUUUGGGACCCAGGGAGGUGUGUGAGAUGGUGUUGGGUGGCCUUCGGCACAGAUGGAGCAUAACAGAGAUGUCACCCACUGUGACACUUAGUAAACAGGGUGCCUUGGAGACACUGAGCAGAGGACAAAGAGCGAGACCCUGGCUUCGGAAUUCACAGGGACAGAUACCAGGUAAAAUCGAAGUCCCGUCAAAUCUGCUUCCCCACUCCAUGAACCCUCAGACUCAGUGGGGAGCAGGGAAGAGGACCCCAAUUCCCACUGAAGAGACAAGAAAAUAUGGCAAAGGAAACAUCCCAGGCUUGUAAGGGGCAGCUUGACCCGUGGGUCCACGCUGUGGCCCUCAUGUGGCCCCUUCACACCUGUCAGGGGCUCCGGGCCACAGCAGAGGCACAGACCCGGCAGUCGGGAUGCCUCGCAGGUCCUCUUCCUCCCCCUGCAAACACCCCACACCGUGUCUG